AUGGCCACUGCAGAGCCCACCACCUGGCAAUGGAUCCAGGGCCUGCUGGAGCCGGGCCAAAUGCUGUGGAUGGCCAUCAAGAGCUACCUCCACGUCUCGUUCGAAGCCGUCUUCCACGAGGGGCGCAUCCUGGCACCCCUCCUGGACACCCAGCGGUUACGCGAUGAAGCCUUCGGUCGCUUCUGGGUCGCCUUCAGCAAACACCCCCAACAACCCCAACAACCCCAACGAAUCACCGGCUCCGCCGACCUCAUCCCCCCGCUCCUGGCCACAGCGCAAGGCAUCACCCUAGACCUAGGUCCCGGCACCGGCACGCAAAUUCCUCACCUCCGCUCACCAGCCAUCACCGCGCUCUAUGGCAUCGAACCCUGCCACAAGCUACAUCCGACGCUGCGCGCCCGCGCCGUAGCCGAGGGGCUGGGCGAGAAAUACACGAUCGUGGGGUGCAGUGCCGCGCCGCAUGAGCUGGUUCCUGCACUAGAGCGGGUGGGUAUCGUCUCCGGUGGUGUCGACACGAUCCUGUGCGUGCGCGUGCUGUGCUCUGUGCCUGAGCUGGAGGACACUGUGCAGGGACUGUAUGGGUUGCUUAAGCCUGGGGGGAGGAUGAUCGUCGUUGAGCAUGUGGUUUCUUCUUGGGGCUUUGGCGAUCGGAAGGGCUCGGUUGUCGCGAGGUUGUUGCAGGGGUUGUAUGAGGUGCUUGGGUGGCGGUGGUUUGUGGGGGAUUGCGCUUUGACUCGUGAUACCGAGCGGGCUUUACGUGGUGCAGCGGAUAGGGAUGGGGGGUGGCAGAGCGUGGAGCUGGAGAGGUAUUUUGAGGGGUGUAUUAUGCCAUUGAGUUUACCAGGAAGCUGA